AGCGGUCCUAAGAACUUCUGCUGCAGACUGCCAUUGGUAAGGAGGAGUUAUUAUCUCUGUUUACUAAACGUCCAUCCCUGUAAACAGGCUACUACCAAAAUGUCUUACCAGCGCUCCUCUUACCGUCGGAUGUUUGGGCCAGAAGGCACAUCUAGUGGGACGACGAUUACCAGGCAUCGUGUGUCCAAUGUUAGCAGGAUGCGUCCUUCGUCCAUCGGCAGCAGUAAGGCAUACACCAAUUACUCAAUGCCGGGCGCCAUCACCCGCUCUUCUAUGAUGAAGGUACGGAGUAGCUUACCUCCAUCAUCCAGACCCUUCGUGUCGGAGACCGUGAACUUCGAAGCGGCCAGCGCCCUCAACACCGAGUAUAAGGCUACCCGGACAAACGAGAAGGCAGAGCUGCAGCACCUCAAUGACCGCUUCGCCUCCUACAUAGAGAAGGUGCGCAGUCUCGAGUCCCAGAAUAAGAUCCUGCUGGUGGAACUGGAGCAGCUGAGGGGCAAAGGACCAUCCCGGAUCUCGGACAUCUAUGAGCAAGAACUGAGAGAGUUGAGAAUCCAGGUGGACCAGCUCACCAACGAUAAGGACAGGUUGGAAGUGGAUAGGGACAAUCUUGCAGAUGAUCUGCAGAGGCUGAAAGAAAAAUUGGAAGAUGAGAAACUCCAACGUGAAGAAGCUGAAAGCAAUUUGCAAGCCUUUAGACAGGAUGUGGACAAUGCCUCAUUGGCACGGCUUGAUCUUGAACGCAGGGUUGAAAGCCUCACUGAAGAAAUUAACUUUUUGAAUAAAUUGCGUGAUGAAGAAGUCCGUGAACUGCAGGAACAAGUUCAAGAACAGCGUGUCCAGGUUGAUGUGGAUGUUUCCAGACCAGAUCUGACUGCUGCUUUGAAAGACAUUCGUCAGGAGAUGCAGACGGUUGCUGAUAGGACUUACCAUGAGGCGGAAGAGUUGUACAAGUCCAAGUGUGCAGAUCUGGUUGAAUCUGCUUCCCGUAACAAUGAUGCACUGCGUCAGGCAAAACAAGAAACAAACGAAUACCGUCGACAGCUGCAGUCCCUGAACUGUGAAAUCGAUGCUCUUAAAGGAACUAAUGAAGCCCUGCUGCGCCAGAUGCGUGAGAUGGAGGAGAACUUCACCCUUGAAACAGCUAACUACCAAAACACUAUUGCUAGUUUGGAGGAAGAAAUCAGUAACAUGAAGGAUGAGAUGGCACGGCACCUGCGUGAAUACCAGGACCUUCUUAAUGUCAAAAUGGCAUUGGAUAUUGAGAUUGCAACCUAUAGGAAGCUGCUGGAAGGAGAGGAAACCAGAAUCAGUAUGCCUCUUCCAAGUUUCAGCACUUUCAGCAUCAAAAGUGAAAGCAAUAUGGAGUCACAACCAAAGGAUUCUUACAGCAAGAAAACGGUUGUGAUUAGGCACAUUGAAACUCGAGAUGGAGAGGUGGUCAACCAAUCUGAACAAGUCCAGGACUCGGAUGAUCUAGACUUUGAGUAAACGGUGAUGAUGGGGAAAGGAUGGUGGUCUUCUCAUACCUUCACCAGCCAAGGACAUGGAUUCCUUAAGCAGCAGUGCCAGAGCAUCGUUGAAGGAUCUGAAGUGCAAGCAAGAGAAAGAAAAUUAAGUUUUCAAGUGCCUUUAUUCUGUUACUGUAUGUGAAUUGUGUGAGAGUUGUGCUAGACUGUGGUCUUUCUAGGUCUGCUUUAAAGAAAGACUAAACUAGAAAUUAAAAAAAAAAAAUCGGUUUACGGUCAAACACUGUAUCUGAUAGCAAUAUCUUCUGAGCUUAAGCCAUCGGGUUUGUUUACUGAGUUCAAUAAACAAUCUUUUUCCAA